AACAAACAUGUUUACGCACUUUUCAUUCGAUUGCGGACGAUUCAUGGACUCGCGUUUUGUUGAACACAUUUUUAUCGAAUAAUGCAUCCUUCCUACAUAUCGAGGUGCUCCGAACGUAGACAAAUGUGAGACGUCGUAAUGUGAGACAAAAUGUGCUAUGCUAUAUUGGCAAAAUUCGUCCGAAGGAGGUGGGUGCUGGCGAUAAUAUUUAUCUUGUCCUUAUCCUACUGCAUGAUCCAUCUGAUUCGAAAGAAUAAUAACCUGAAUCUGCAUGGGGACUUCCUGCAAAGCCAGCUGCUGCGCCACAAAGAGAUUGUUUGGACGAAACCGGCGUCGCUGCCUUCAGCCAACGAAACAGAAGAAAAACUACCCUCCAGUUGUCGGAAUUCGGUGCAAGGCAAAACGCUUAUCGUGGACGAUCGAGGAUAUGUAUGUCCGCGAGCGGCACUGCUACAAAAUGGUUGCUGCAAUGACAUAAGCAAACGAAAACUAUAUCCUUGCUCAUCCUGCCUGCCCAAUCGGUGCUGUGCUGUGUAUGAGUACUGCGUGGCGUGUUGUUUGCAUCCCGACAUGCGUCCCAUUUUGGAAGAGGUGUUAGCAAAAGCCAACGGCCGGCAAGUGGCAUUAUAUGCAACCGUGGUCGAUCAGUUUGAGCUUUGUCUAACGAAGUGUCGCACCAAUUCAAAGUCAGUGCAGAACGAAAACAAGUAUCGUAAUCCAGAACAGAAAUAUUGCUACGGUGAGAACAACGAGGCUUGGCUGUCAUCGAGCGAGAACGAUGGAAACAAAGUAAUCCCAGACGAUGCCUAGCGUAGUAGCAUUGGCUGAGCGUUUUGUAUAGUUAAAAUAUUAACAAAUUAAUGGUACGAGAAAAUAGUGCUACGUAUCCGACAUAGAUAGAUUAAAACGAGCAAUUAUCCAAAUGUUAACAUGUGUUAUCUUUGAUCUAAUUUUUUUUUCGAUUUACUUACUGAAUAUUUUUAUACAAAAGAUGACAAUU